CCACGCACAACUUCAUUAUUGACUGCAUGCAUUACGAGGAAGGAGAAUUCCUGAACAGAGCACAAAGGCAGCAAUUUUGUAUAGGAUUGACAGCAUGGAACUUAAAUAUGUUCGGAAAGAUCACUCAAGCUGUCAUUGACUGGCAUCAAAUAUUUAAAACCUCCACAUCAGACAAGUGUGCUCUGAAGUAGAAGUUGGCUAAACUUGCUUGCAAGUUUUGUGCCCCGAGAGCGUGUCUGCAGCUGGACCUCUAUCGUUUUUCCGCAAGCCUGCUGGUCGUGAUGUUGUCUUUGGUCCUCUUCCCAACGCAGCCCGAAGGCCGCACAGUGGUGCAGCAGGAAGAAGAGAUGCAAGCACUCGUGCAGAGGCUGCGGGAAAUAAGAUAUUCCCGCAAGCGAGAGCUUCACAGGUUGAGAAGCGUGGAAGCAGACCUCUGCCACAGGUUGGACGAGCCUGUAUUUGUGUUCGGCAACGGGGGCUCUGUACCAUCGCAACAGGAGCUGCACGAGCUGCAGGAACAUCUGCAUGCUCUCGAACAGAAAAAGGCCCUACGAACUUGUGAAUUUGGGGCCCUUCAAAGAGAGAUAGUUGCUCAGCUACACUUGGUUGGAGCUGUGCCUGACAUGCAGUUCGAGCAAGAAAUUGUGGACAACCCUGAGACCUUCAUCUUGUCCUUGCAGAACCUUGAAAAUGCUGGCGACUAUCUUCAGAGGGUGAGUUACAUUUACCAGCUUAGAUGCACAGAGACUAUAGGGGCUCUCUCCCUUCGAUGUCUUUACUUUCUUACUGAAAUGAAGCUGGAACUUCCAUUUCAUUUUCAAUUAUUCUUGUGCCAAACCAAAUCACGCCAGUAACAAUGGUGGCAUGGCAGCGUCUACAUCAAUGACAAAAAGGUGG